CACUUUCUCCUUCUUUUUCUGUCUCUCCCGCUCGCUCGCAUAAGAAGUAUCGACAGAGUGCUUCCCACUCUCUUUUUUAAAGUUUGAACCAAACAAGGCCUUGGAUUGACGAUCUCCACGAAGAUCUCUCUUUUUUUCCUCUUUCCUUGGAUUUAUGAUAAUCUCAUUUCUCUUCUCCAACUUUUCAACUCUUUUCUGUCGCAUCCUCUUUCUCCGAUCUUGUUUCUCUUUCUGAGUUUGGAGAAUCAAAGUUAGGAGUAAGAGAUGUCUUCGAUAUCGUAUUCUCCAGCAGCGGUUACCGGAACUUCAGCUUCAGAUCUUCUUCGGAGCUCCAGUAACGGCUUGUAUGGGAUCCCUCUUAAAACCCUAGAAAAGGCACGAUUUGCCGUGAGAAGGAGGGAUAUAACUGUAGCUGCAAAGAUUAAGAAAGUAAAGAAGCAUGAACACCCGUGGCCUGCAGAUCCGGAUCCAAAUGUGAAAGGUGGAAUCCUAACUCAUCUCUCCCAUUUCAAGCCAUUGAAAGAAAAGCAAAAGCCUGUUACUUUGGAUUUUGAGAAGCCCCUUGUUGAUUUAGAGAAGAAGAUUAUUGACGUGAGGAGGAUGGCAAAUGAAAUAGGCUUGGAUUUCGGUGACCAGAUUCUAUCAUUGGAGAAUAAAUAUCAACAGGCUCGAAAGAAAUUAUACACACAUCUUACCCCUAUACAACGUGUGAACAUUGCCCGGCACCCCAAGAGACCUACAUUCCUUGAUCAUGUAUUUAGCAUUACUGAUAAGUUUGUGGAACUUCAUGGAGAUCGAGCAGGGUACGAUGAUCCAGCUGUUGUUACUGGUAUAGGAUCCAUAGAUGGUAGGAGGUACAUGUUUAUGGGUCACCAAAAGGGUAGAAAUUCUAAAGAGAAUAUUCAGCGUAACUUUGGAAUGCCAACACCCCAUGGUUACAGGAAGGCUCUACGCAUGAUGUAUUAUGCAGAUCACCAUGGGUUCCCUAUAGUUACUUUUAUUGACACUCCUGGGGCAUAUGCGGACCUUAAGUCUGAGGAGCUGGGUCAAGGUGAAGCUAUUGCACAUAAUUUAAGGACCAUGUUUGGUCUGAAGGUCCCAAUUGUUUCUAUUGUUAUUGGGGAAGGUGGCUCUGGUGGUGCCUUGGCCAUUGGCUGUGCUAAUAAGUUAUUAAUGCUGGAAAAUGCAGUCUUUUAUGUUGCCAGCCCGGAGGCAUGUGCUGCAAUUUUGUGGAAGAGUGCCAAAGCUGCUCCAAAGGCAGCUAAGCAGCUGAAGAUUACUGCCCCAGAGUUGCGCAAGCUUCAAAUUUGUGAUGGAAUCAUUCCUGAGCCACUCAGUGGUGCUCAUGCAGAUCCAGCUUGGACUUCGCUACAAAUAAAAGCUGCAAUUAACAAAACAAUGGAUGAGCUCACGCCAAUGGACACAGAAGCGCUACUAAAGCAUCGCAUGCUUAAGUUUAGGAAACUGGGUUUGUACCAAGAAGGUGUCCCAGUAGAUCCCAAGAAGAAGGUCAAUAUGAAAAAGAAAGAACAAACUGUUCGUAGAACCUCAAAGGCAGAGUUGGAGGCAGAGUUGUUGGAGGGUGAGGUAGAAAAUUUGAAACAGCAAAUCUUGAAAGCCAAGGAGUCAUCCACCAAGCCUCCUGAGUUGGCUCUGAAGGACAUAAUAGAAAAAUUGAAAAAGGAGGUUGAUCAUGAAUACUCUGAGGCCAUUAAAGCCAUGGGCUUGAAGGACAGGCUUGAGAUGCUGAGAGAAGAAGCUUUAAAAGUAAAUUCAAGAGAUCAACUCAUGAAUCCUGUUAUAAUGGAUAAGGCUGAGAAGCUUAAACACGAGUUCAACCAGCGACUAUCAGCAGUUCCAAACUACACAACCCUCAAAUAUAAGCUUGACAUGUUGAAGGAGCUUUCUAAAGCCAAAAUUCUCUCAAAGGCUGCUACACUGAAGCAGGAAGUUAAUAGGAGGUUAAAUGAAGUCAUGGGUCGGCCUGAGAUAAAUGAGAAGCUUGAAGCAUUAAAGGCUGAGGUUCAAAAUUCUGCUUCAUCCAGCUUUGUGGAUUUAGAUCAAGGGCUGAAGGACAAAAUUCUGAAUAUGAAGAAAGAGAUAGAAUUGGAAAUGGUUAAUGCUCUUGAGUCCAUGGGUUUGGAUGUUGAGGUUGUAAAAUCUAAUGCAAAAGUCCUAAGUGAGCGAACUUCACUCUCAGUCUUAAAAAACAAGGUGGAUAAUUUAAGUGAAGAAAUUAAAAAGAGAAUUGAAAAUGUUGUCAAUUCAUCUGAGUUGAAAAAUAUGAUUGAGUCAUUGAAGCUGGAGAUAGCAAAGGCAGGAAAGAGACCUGAUAUUCAGUCAAAAAGUAAGAUUGAGGCUCUAGAACAACAGAUUAAGCAAAUACUUUUAGAAGCUCCCAGCUUGUCAGAAUUAAAGGGGAAGCAUGAAGAGUUGAAGGCAGAAAUUUCUGAAGCCAUACAAUCUUCUGCUGGUACUGAUAGAAGUUUGCAAAAGGAAACCAAGUAUGAGGAACCUAGACUAGAGAUCAAUGUGGGUGCAAACUGCAGCUUUGCUUAGCGUAUGUAGAUCCUGGCAUUAUACAUUAUCUGGUUCUCUUUUUGCUUUAGAUUUCUGAUGAAUAAUCGAGAUUUCUGACAUCAUUUUAUUAGGAUGCUUAAGUAUUUAUACCAUUUAUAAUAAAUGCCUGGAAUAGUUAUAACUAGUUUACUAUCAAACGCAUUUAGUAUUUCUUUUCUGUUACAAUUAGGGAAAGAAAUGCAGAUAUCUGAACAUUAUCGAUAUUCACUGGUAUUUUGUUGUUCCAUGUGUAACUAUAUCUGAACCUUGUCUAAAUUCACUGGUAUUUUGUUGUUCCAUGUGUAACUAAUAUCUGCUAAUUAUCACAACUAUUAAUUAUUAAUGGACACUCUUUUAUUAAAGAGUGGUUACCCUAAUUUAUAAGUUCCAUUAUUAAAUUUUAAUAACUCUGCUAGUUUAUUUGAUUUGUACGA